UCCGUGUCUGCUUUUCGACACUGAAGUGACGAAGCGUUUAAAACUCUGUUCAAACAACCGAGAACUCGUCGAAUUUGUAUCCACAAUGAAGCAUUUUCUGACUCUUGGACUACUUCUCCUGUACUUAGCUUUCCUCAAGUCGUCAGACUACGAGGAAGUACCAUUACUGUCGUCGUUUUCUCUUCAAGACAUCGAGGAAAGAAUUGAAGAUUCGUGCUUCCUCGUCUCAACCAGCACGACGAAUUCAACAACUCUACAACUACUGAGAAAUAUGACUGGUAUCUUGAAGUCUGAUUCUGAUAAGGUCUCCAUUGGGGUCCUGGUUGACGAUGAAAGCUUUUUGACUGGUAAAGAAGGUGUUUUCAGCUAUGGGAAAGGUGAUGAUCUCGGUGAUUUGGCGUUGUACCCUCGCCGUAUUGGGGGCCGAAAGUGCCUAUUACGGCCGCCUGUAUCUAGGCUUAAAUCACAGAUCUACAAAGGCGAGGGGAGUUUACAAUCUUUACUACAGUUCAUCAAUACAAACUGUGGAACACAUAGGCGUCUUGAUGGAAGUUUAACGAAGAUUGGAGUCGCUGCAAAGUCUAUACUGAACAAUGUUUAUCAAGUACCCAAGUCUGAUACGGAAGGGAAUUCGACUAACGGACCGCUGGAAAUCGGAGCAAUGUGUGAGAGGAUCGCUAUGCCAAGUCAAGAGGAGUUUCUCAAUAAGUAUUUAUUCCGGUCAAAACCUGUCAUUAUAACAGAUGCUAUAAAACAUUGGCCUGCUAUACAGAAAUGGACAAAUGAAUUUCUAAUCGCAAAGUAUAGUAACACUGAUACACGGGUUGCCUUUGCGCCAAGUGGUGAAUAUGAGGGCUGUGAAAAAGCUGAAAACUACGAAGAAUUUAAAACCUUCAAACUUCCAGAUGAGGUUAAGAAACAACUUCCUUUUCCUGAUUUAGUAGUUGUACGGCCUGCAUUUAUGAACAUCAAGUUUGCAAAGUUUAUGGACUUGCUUGAAGGCAGGAAUAGUAAUUUGACAAAAAUGUCUAACAUUUCGGCAUAUCUGGAAUACACAUCGAUCCCAAGCUAUUUUCCUGAGUUGGAGCAAGAUAUACAGGAGAUGCCAUGUGCUGCAGGAUUACUUAACCGGAAGCAUUUGAAUAUUUGGUUGAGUGAUGGAAACACUCUUGGAAAAUUGCACUUUGAUCCAUUUGAAAACUUCUUAUGCCAGAUAAGUGGCAAAAAACAAGUGAUUCUGUAUGAACCCCAUGAUAACACCAGGCUGUAUGAGGCCCAUAUCCAGGAGAGCAUGCUGGAAUAUAACCACGCCCAUAAGGAGUUUCGCAGAAAGAAGCUGUUGGACAGCACUUCCAUGGUUAUGUCACCAGUUGACAUACUUAAGCCUGAUUAUGAGAGAUUUCCAAAGUUCCAAGGGGUUCGUGCAAUGAACUGCACCAUAAAUGAGGGGGAGGUGUUGUUUAUGCCGUCCUUUUGGUGGCAUGAAGUGCAGUCGUACCCCAGCCACAUCAACCCAAGAAACCUUGCUGUUAAUUUUUGGUAUGAGCCAUUCUUUUCUAAGGAUUAUCCCUGUGAAUCUUGUAAGCUGGAAGUGAACCCCUCCUACCACCAUCUUCUUGGUUAAGGCUGUUUAUUAAAGAAACAACCAAUAAGCAGAGGUUUCUUAGUUCAGUCAGUUAAUACAAGUGAAUUACUCAUAUCACAACCUUCUUGGUCAGUUAAUAGAGGUGAGUUUAUAUGAGAUCAGUAAAGUAGAUAGGAAUAAGAUGGGCUUGCAACACGAAAUUUUAAUGGGUAAAUAUCUCUUUGAGCUUAAUUUAAAUACGGAAACGAUAAUGCAAUAUUUGUUUUAUUUUCAUUUAUUUUCAUUUUAUUUGUUUGCAUACAUAAUACACACAUACAAUUAAAAUGUUGGGUUGUUAGAAAUCCCGUUGAAAUCGCUAUAAUAUUUAUUAAAAUCACAGAAAUAAAUGGCAACCAGUUGA